UACACUUUGUACUCUUUGAAAGUGGUCAAACAGUCCGAUGACCAGAGUUCAGCAAAAGGUUUUUGCUGUAUGAGGGUAUUAAAAACCCUAUAGUAAUAAGCAUAAAAGUGUAGAAGUUUGUUGUAGAAGAUGACGGCACUGUCGGAGCUCACCGAUGACAUUGUUCGGAGCAUGGCCGUAGGAGCCACUUUCUCUGAUUUUGGUGGGCAGAUAAACUCACUUGAUUUUCAUCGGACAGAAGAUUUGCUGAUAACCGCAAGUGAGGAUGAUUCAAUUCGACUUUUUGACAUUGCCAAUGGGAAGUUGCUGAAGACUACAUAUCAUAAGAAGCAUGGAGCUGAUCGAAUAUGCUUUACCCACCACCCUCAUUCUGUUAUAUGCUCUUCAAUACACAACUUGGAUUCGCAUGGAGAGUCUUUGCGAUACCUAUCCAUGUACGAUAAUCGAUGCCUUCGUUACUUUAAGGGACACAAAGAAAGGGUUGUGUCACUGUGCAUGUCUCCAGUUAAUGACAGCUUCAUGUCUGGUUCUCUUGACCAUAGUGUGAGGAUAUGGGAUCUUCGCGUAAAUGCAUGCCAGGGGAUUUUGCGUCUAAGAGGUAGACCUGCAGUUGCUUAUGACCAACAAGGCCUUGUCUUUGCAGUGGCAAUGGAAGGGGGUGCCAUCAAAUUGUUUGAUUCAAGAUAUUUUGACAAGGGGCCCUUUGAAACCUUCCUAGUUGGUGGAGAUACAGCUGAGGUUUGUGACAUAAAAUUCAGCAAUGAUGGAAAAUCAAUGCUUUUAACAACUACUAGUAAUAGCAUCUAUGUGCUUGACGCCUAUGGAGGAGAGAAGCGGUGUGGGUUUAAUCUGGAUCCCUCCCCAACAGCUGUGGAGGCGACCUUUACACCAGAUGGCCAGUAUGUUGUUUCAGGUUCAGGAGAUGGAAACUUGCAUGUGUGGCACAUCAACACACUAAAUAAGGUUUGUAGCUGGGAUAGCCACAUAGGCGUGGCAUCGUGCUUGAAAUGGGCCCCAAGAAGAGUCAUGUUUGUUGCUGCAUCAUCAGUUCUUACCUUUUGGAUUCCUGAUCAUAGAGGUUCUGGUGAGGCCACUGGAGUCCAAAUAGAAGAACAAGUUACUCUUACUCAAUGACGUCUUUAUAAGUUACAUGUAUGCGUAAACACACUUGGGCACUCUCAAGAGUUAUAUGAACGUUUUUGAUUCUUGUCAGUGCUUUUAUUUCCCAAGGUUCGAAAUUUUAUUUGUCCUUUCUUUUCUCAAAUCCUAUGUCUGUGUUACUGCGUAGGUAGCAUGUGUGCCUUUUAUUUGAUGUCUUUCUUUUUGAAAAAAGGGGAAAAAACAAGGACUUGGAUGUUCCUUUCUAUCUGGUAUAAAUAAAUAGGUUUCACGUA